AUGAGCCGAUCACCCCCCAACGCCAUACAACUCCGAUCCGUGGGCUCCCAGGGUACCAUGGCUUCCCUGCCGCAGCCGUCUGCUGUCCAAAAUCCCUCCUCUCACUCUUGGGCCUCUGUGUGUGGGUCUCCUCCCUGGGGCCUCAGCUGUCUUCUGGCUCUGCAGCAUAUCUUGGUCCUGGCUUCUCUGCUCUGCGCCUCCCACCUGCUCCUGCUUCAAUGUCUCCCUGCAGGAGGACUCUCUUCCUCCCCUGCCCAGCUCCUGGCCUCCAGCCUCUUUUCAUGUGGCGUGUCUACAGCCCUGCAAACUUGGAUGGGCAGCAGGCUGCCUCUUAUCCAGGCUCCAUCCUUAGAGUUUCUUAUCCCUGGUCUGGUGCUGACCAGUCAGAAGCUACCUCUGACCACCCGGACACCUGGAAACUGUGAGCACAGAGCAAGGGCACAGGCCUCCCUUGUGCUGCGCCUGUGUGGAGGACCUGGCUGCCACGGCCUGGAACUCUGGAACACUUCUCUCCGAGAAGUGUCCGGGGCCGUGGUGGUCUCCGGGCUGCUGCAGGUCAUGCUGGGGCUGUUCGGGGGUCCUGGCCACUUGUUCCCCCACUGUGGGCCCCUGGUGCUGGCCCCCAGCCUAGUUGUGGCAGGGCUCUCGGCCCACAGGGAGGUAGCCCUGUUCUGCUCUGCUCACUGGGGCCUGGCAUCGCUGCUUAUCCUGCUCAUGGUGGUCUGUUCUCAGCACCUGGGCGCCCGCCUGUUACCGCCUCACCCCUGGAGGCGAGCUUCAAACUCUUCAACCCACACUCACAUCCCUGUCUUCAGGCUCCUCUCGGUGCUGAUCCCAGUAGCUUGUGUGUGGAUCAUCUCUGCCCUUCUGGGUCUCAGCAUCACCCCCUGGGAGCUGUCCGCCGAGGCACCGUGGUUUUGGCUGCCUCACCCAGCUGAGUGGGACUGGCCCUUGCUGACACCCAGGGCUCUGGCUGCAGGCACCUCUAUGGCCUUGGCAGCUUCCACCAGCUCCCUGGGCUGCUACGCCCUAUGUGGCCAGCUGCUGCAUUUGCCUUCUCCACCUCCGCAUGCCUGUAGCCGAGGGCUGAGCCUGGAGGGUCUGGGAAGUGUGCUGGCCGGGCUGUUGGGGAGCCCCAUGGGCACUGCAUCCAGCUUCCCCAACGUGGGCACGGUGAGCCUUCUCCAGGCUGGAUCUCGGCGAGUGGCCCACUUGGUGGGGCUGCUCUGCGUGGUGCUUGGGCUCUCCCCGAGGCUGGUCCAGCUCAUCACCACCAUCCCACUGCCUGUGUUUGGUGGGGUGCUGGGGGUGACCCAGGCCGUGGUUCUGUCUACUGGAUUCUCCAGCUUCCACUUGGCUGACAUUGACUCUGGGCGGAAUGUCUUCAUUGUUGGCUUCUCCAUCUUCAUGGCCCUGUUGCUGCCAAGAUGGUUUCGGGAAGCUCCAGUCCUACUGAGCACAGGCUGGAGCCCCUUGGAUGUGUUACUACGCUCACUGCUCACAGAGCCCAUCUUCCUGGCGGGACUCUUGGGCUUCCUCCUAGAGAACACCAUUCCUGGCACACAGCUUGAGCGAGGCCUAGGUCAAGGGCUGCCAUCUUCUUUCACUGCCCAAGAGGUUCGGAUGCCUCAGAAGUCCAGGGAGAAGCCUGCUCAAGAGUAUGAGCUUCCUUUCUCCAUCCAAAACCUGUGUCCCUGCAUUCCCCAUCCCCUCCGUUGCCUCUGCCCACUUCCCGAAGACUCUGGGAAUGAAGAAGGAGUGCCCUCUGAGCCAGAAGAGACAGCCGACUUGCUGCCUGGCUUUGGGGAGCAGUGCCCUGGGUCUAGCAGAGAAGAACUUAGGUCCCAGUAAUUACCAGGACUCCAGCUUCCAGAUUACUUUAGCCCUAUCUCUCAGCUUGCUGGAGAGCCAGAUCCCAGGCUCUACUUUCUCCCAGGGAGAGGAUGUGUGUGUGUGUGUUUCACACGGGCCCACCUAAAGGUCUCAUUUCCCAACAGGUGUGUUUGCCUUUCCUUCUCUUAAUUAGGCCCAACUGUUCCAGAGCAGGGCCAUGGUUUAUGGGCCAUGAUUGAAUGAUAUUUUGCCUGUGAACCAUCUAUACUCGAACCCCAGCAUUCACUAACUGAUACUUAUUAUGCCUCCUAUGUGCAAGGUCCUGGAAAUACAGAUAUGGAUAAGGCAGGGUCCCUGCCCUCUCAAACACUUAUGGUUUAAAAAGACAUGUAAUUAC